AUGCCUGAAGAAACGAGAAAGGGACAGACACUGUGUCGCAGGCCAGAAGGUCUGAUUGACUUGCAACCCAAAAAAGUAAUUCAUGAAGAUUCUCUUCUGGAAUGUGAGAGGCUUCAAGAAGGCCUCAACACAGAUGGUCCUGAGGAAAAUUAUUGGAAAGGAAAAUCUAUUAUCAUUUCAUCCGUACACGCUAGCAAUAUUAGAGCUAUUAGAAGGGAGCUCUGGAUGGAUCUCGAGGCAUUGUCGGUGUUGGCUGAACCAUGGGCCGUGGUUGGAGAUUUCAAUGCCACUCUUGCAUCUAAUGAAAAGAGGAAAGUUGCUGAUUCAUGGAGUCAUAACAUCUGCGGGCCACCAUCUUAUAUUCUUGCCCAGAAGCUAAAAAGGCUGAGGCUGAUCAUUAAAACCUGGGCUAGGGAAAAUUUUCCAAACUUUGAGAUUGAACUGGUCAGAAUGAGAGAGGCUUUGGACCAUAGACAAGCUCAAAUUGAGUUGCAGGGAAUGGACGACUCCCUCUUUGGGCAAGAAGCCGAUGCAAAAUCUACCUAUUUGGUUGCCAUGAAAAAUCAUGAAAAAUUAUGGGCUGAAAAGUCAAGGAUUAGAUGGCUGAAGGAGGGAGAUCGUAACUCCAAGUUUUUUCACCACUACACAAAAAUUAAGAGAGCCAAAAACACUACUCGAAGAGUCAAAAAAAUUGAUGGGUCUAUAAAUUCUGACAGAGAUGAUAUAGCUUGCUACAUGUCCAAAGUCUAUGAAGAUUUUCACAAGGGAGUUCCAGUGACAGAUCAUCUAGAUUUGCUCGAUGCUAUCCCAAGGCUUAUUGAUGACGUGGAUCUUCUAUCUCUGGAUUCAAUCCCAAGUCCGAAUGAGAUAAAGCGUGCAGUGUGGGAUCUGGACCCUGAGAGUUCACCAGGUCCAGAUGGCUAUCCUGGCUAUUUCUUUCAUUGCUGUUGGAAUAUUAUUUCUGGAGAUUUUGAAAGAGCAGUGGGUGAUUUCUUUACUUCCGGAACGAUGCCACCGGGUAUGAACAACAACUUAUUAUUCUUAAUUCCCAAAAUCAACGGGGCUAUGUCUCUUGACAAAUUCAGGCCUCUCUGCAUGGGUAAUUUCUUCUGUAAAAUAAUAUCUAAAAUCCUUGCAACUAGAUUGUCCUUCCUCCUCCCAAGACUAAUCUCAGAAGAACAGGGAGCUUUUCAGAAAGGGAAACUUAUUCAUAACAAUAUUGCCUUGGCAUCCAAGCUGGCGAAUAUUAUGCAUUCUGCUACAAGAGGUGGCGGGUUAGGAGCAAAAUUGAUAUUCAAAAGGCCUUCGACACAAUUUCUUGGGAUUUUAUUCUAA